CUGCUUCAGUGAACUCACAGUACAUUACUGGGUCUGUCCUGAAAGCUACAGGCUACAGCUUUUAUUGCAAUAUUAGAGUCCACAAGCAAAAGGAUGGAGGGACGCGAGGGAAGCAGAACCAGUCGGGCAAUCCCAAGUAUGGCGUAAUUCUAUAACAAUCAGAUUCUAAGAGGAAGGGGGAGAAAAAGAAGGGUUUUGUGUGUGAGGGAGGGAGAAAAAGAGGGAGAUGAGGUUAUUUCCAUCAGUCAAUAAGAGAAGGCGUGCACUUGUGUGUUGCGUCGUUUGAUGCUCUACUCGGUUCCCCCGAGCAUCCUGAGGGGCUUUGUCAGAGGCUGGGGUGGGCAAAUCAAAGCCACUAAGAGGACUAUCUUUUUGCGGGAGGACUCGAGGUCGAGUUUGGUGAAUGGAAGCCCUGCCGAGUGCGCCGCACCGGUCAGCAAAGACGCACCGCCGCACUUUGGAUAAGUCGACCUGCGUUUCGCCAAGACGCGUCGCUAAUCUGCGUCUCAUAAAGCUGAACUCAGUGGCAUGAAUUAUUUCGCCUGUCAGUAUAGGUGACUCCAGAGUCAGUAUUUUGCUUCAUUCCUGUCACUGAAGUGAUUGAGGGGGGCAGCGAACACUGGAAACUGGCAGUGUGCGCAGAGAAGGGGGUGUCAGUGUCAAAGAUGCAGGUGGGUCGGUGCUGCAUGGGUUCCAGCUUUUCUUGGUUUGUCUGGCUACUCUUACUUUUCUCAACUCUGAACAUCAGAGUUACUGGAGUCACAGGCACCCAUCAAAGCAUCCCCCCGUCUGUGGUGAAGCUCUGGGCCUCUGCGUUUGGUGGGGAGAUGAAGUCAAUCUCUGCAAAGUACUCUGGCUCCCAGCUGCUCCAAAAGAAAUACAAGGAAUUUGAGCGGGCAGUGAGGGUGGAGGAGAUUGAUGGGCUGCGACUGGUGAAGAGACUAGCUAAGAACAUGGAAGAAAUGUUUCACAAGAAAGCCCAGGCUAUGAAGAGAUUGGUAGAGGCGGCAGAAGAAGCGCACCUACAGCAUGAAGAGGAUCCAGACCUGCAGUACGAAUACUUCAAUGCAGUUCUGAUCAAUGAGGUUGAUGAGGAGGGGAACAAUGUAGAGCUGGGAGGAGAGUUUAUCCUGCAGCCCAACGAUCAUUUUAACAACCUAUCAGUCAAUCUCAGCCUCAGUGUGGUCCAGGUGCCCACCAACAUGUACAAUAAAGACUCUGCGAUCGUCAAUGGUGUGUACUGGUCAGAGGCCCUAAACAAGGUGUUUGUGGAUAACUUUGAAAGGGAUCCCUCACUAAUAUGGCAGUACUUUGGCAGUGCUAAGGGAUUUUUCCGACAAUAUCCUGGAAUCAAAUGGAAGCCAGAUGAACAUGGAGUUAUAGCUUUCGACUGCAGAAACCGAAAAUGGUACAUCCAGGCAGCCACCUCUCCAAAGGAUGUUGUGAUCUUGGUGGAUGUCAGUGGGAGCAUGAAAGGCCUGAGACUGACGAUUGCCAGGCAGACUGUUUCCUCCAUUCUAGACACUCUUGGAGAUGAUGACUUUUUUAAUAUCAUUGCUUACAAUGAGGAAUUGCAUUAUGUGGAGCCAUGUCUGAAUGGAACCCUGGUUCAAGCAGAUGUCACCAACAAAGAUCAUUUCCGGGAGCAUCUUGAUAAGCUGUUUGCUCAAGGCAUUGGUAUGUUGGACAUAGCUCUUACGGAGGCGUUCAAUCUUCUCAGUGAUUUUAACAAGACCGGGAGGGGCAGUGAGUGUAGCAAGGCCAUUAUGCUGGUGACAGAUGGAGCAGUCGAUACAUAUGAUGCUAUCUUUGAGAAGUAUAACUGGCCAGAGAGAAAGGUCCGAAUAUUUCCCUACCUCAUUGGUCGGGAGUCUGCCUUUGCAGAUAACUUAAAAUGGAUGGCGUGUGCUAACAAAGGCUAUUUCACUCAAAUUUCUACCCUGGCGGACGUUCAAGAGAACGUAAUGGAGUAUCUCCAUGUUUUGAGCCGUCCCAAGGUCAUUGACCAGGAGCAUGACACAGUGUGGACUGAGGCAUACAUUGACAGCACUCUUCCCCAAGCACAAAAGAUGGAUGAUGGUCAAGGUCCAGUCUUGAUGACAACUGUAGCAAUGCCAGUGUUCAGCACCAAGAACGAGACUAGAAACAGAGGAAUCCUGCUUGGGGUGGUUGGGACAGAUGUACCUGUCUCUGAGCUGCUCAAAACUAUUCCCAAAUAUAAGCUCGGCAUUCACGGCUACGCCUUUGCAAUCACCAACAAUGGCUACAUCCUCACCCACCCAGAUCUACGGCCACUUUAUGGAGAUGGCAAAAAGCGAAGAAAGCCAAACUACAGCAGUGUGGAUCUCUCUGAAGUGGAAUGGGAGGAUAAGGAUGACACGUUGAGAAAUGCCAUGGUCAACAGAAAGACAGGGACCUUCUCCAUGGAGGUGACAAAGAGUGUGGACAAAGGGAAGCGUGUGCUGGUUUUACACAAUGAUUAUUACUACACAGACAUUAAAGGCACUCCUUUCAGUCUAGGAGUUGCCCUUUCCAGAGGGCAUGGGAAAUAUUUCUUCAGAGGGAAUGUCACAGUGGAAGAAGGACUUCAUGACCUGGAGCAUCCUGAUGUAGCGCUAGCUGAUGAAUGGACAUACUGCAACACAGACGAGCAUCCUGAACAUCGCUACUUGUCACAAAUAGAUGCAAUAAAAAUUUAUCUGAGUGGCCAGGAACCCCGCCUGCAUUGUGACAAGGAACUGAUUCAGGAAGUUCUUUUUGAUGCUGUUGUAACAGCCCCACUGGAGGCCUACUGGACAAGUCUGGUGCUCAAUAAGUCAGAAAACUCCGAUAAAGGUGUUGAGAUUGCCUAUCUGGGAACAAGGACAGGACUAUCUAGAAUUAAUCUAUUUGUGGUCCCCGACGAACUCACAAACCAAGACUUUUUGACAGCAGAAGACAAGGAGGGGGUGUUCAAUGCCGAUCACUUUCCGUUGUGGUACAAGAGAGCAGCAGAGCAAGUUCCUGGAACCUUUAUUUAUUCUCUGCCUUUCAACUCAGGUUCAGAAAACAGGAGUGUUGUACUGGCCAGUACUGCCAUUCAGCUUUUGGAUGAGAGGAAAUCCCCCAUAGCUGCGGCUGUUGGCAUCCAGAUAAAGUUGGAGUUUUUUCAGAGAAAAUUUUGGACAGCCAGCAGACAGUGUGCCGCUUUAGAUGGGAAAUGUUCCAUAAGCUGUGAUGAUGAGAAUAUUAACUGCUACCUCAUUGACAACAAUGGCUUCAUUCUUGUAGCUGAGGACUAUUCACUGACUGGAAAUUUUUUUGGUGAAGCAGAAGGAGCUGUGAUGAAUAAGUUGCUGCAGAUGGGCUCUUUCAAACGGGUCACACUGUAUGACUACCAGGCUCUCUGCUGGGUCCAUUCUGAGAGCAGUGACAGUGGCCACACGCUGCUGGAUCCUUACUUUGCUGUUUUUGCAGCUUUGAAGUGGAUACUGACUGAGCUUGUCAUAUUCCUGGUUGAAUUCAACUUGUAUAGUUUGUGGAACGUCGAUGUAACAGCUAAAGCUCAGAGGGCAGGUCCACAUAUGCAGGUGCCAUGUGACACAGAGUACCCAGCCUUCGUCUCAGAAAGAACAAUCAAAGAAAACAUGGGCAACAUUGACUGUGAUGGCUGCAUCAAGUCAUUUGUGAUUCAGCAGAUCCCCAGCAGCAAUCUUUUCAUGGUGGUGGUGGACAACAAGUGUGACUGCAGCAAUUUUGGACCCAUCACCAUGGACCCCAUAGAGAUUAUGUAUAACGAGUCGCUUAAGUGUGAGAGACUGAAGAUGCAGAAAGACAGAAGGCGACCAGAUACAUGUCACCCUUUUCAUCCAGAGGAGAACUCAAUGGAGUGUGGCAGGGCUAGGAGUCUGACCGUUUCCCUCACUGCAGCACUGCUUUCAUCGUUCCUGACCUUGUUCCUUAGGUGACCAAAGCUGGUCCCAACUCAUCUCCUCCUCAGCUUGACCUGGUUUGGCUUGGCUUGCCACGGCACUGAAGAAUUGUAAUGAUGCCACAGUCCUGUAAGAAUAUGUGCCCUGUUUCUGUCCUGUAUGAAACUGUGCCCUAUUUUCAAAACAUCACCUACAUAAUCCCCAGCUCAAAGUAUAUCCCCUAAGGAUAGUUCAAUAUUUGAAAGGACUCCUAAUGGAUAAUAUAAAAUAUUAGAUGUUAGAAGUGUUAUUUGAGCUACAUUGAAAGAUUGUCAAAAAAUUAGCAACCCUGCUCUGUAAACUAUACAUUGAAUGUGAUUUUAUUUCACCCUAGGGCUGCAGAGAAACCAGAGGCAAAAACAAUUUCUAUGGUCAAAAUCCUACCUUAAAAAAAGUACGCUGAUAGGGUUUGAGAGGGGCUAAAAAUUUUCUAAUAAACGUGGCUAAUGAACGAAUUCAUAAGAAUUUAUGUUGACUUUUUUCAGUUAAUUUAAUGUCAAACGUAGCCCACACUUUUAAUUUCAUGUUAAAGCAUUAUGCAGGGGAUAAAGAAUCAGGGUAGACAGGGAUUAAAUACACCAGUUGGUGCUGCAAGUUAUCUAAGGUUAAGCCUCUGGCACUGGUAAAAAUAAAUUUUUAGCCUUUUUAGGUAGUAGCUAAGGCCUGAGGUCUAUAGCUGAGCUUGGAACUGGGCAUUGCAGCCAUGAAGCCCCACAUGGACAGAGAUGGAUGCACUUUUCCCCUGCCCUGCUCUGACUUUCCAUGGACAUUCUUGGUUCUUAUGAUUAAACAAAAUAUUCUGGAGACGUUUUAUGUGGCUGGGAUUGUUAUAUGAUGUUUGUCUAAUUAUCUUUCUUUUCCACAAUGAGAAAAAAAAAAUCUGUUACAAUAUAAACUGUAUAUAUAUAAAAAAAAGUUUAUUUAUAGUCAGCAAGUGGUACCUAUAAACUGUGACUCAGAGAUUCUCUGAUGUGUGUGGUUGUAAUAAUUAAGCUUUGCCUUAUGAAAAGAUAUGUUCCUGUUUGUGUACUUUUGAAAUAAAAUGAUGUUUAAAACAUAUUCUUUUGUUUAAUGUUAUGUUAUUAAGAGACUCUGCGGAAGUUGCUGUUUGAAAAGAUAAAAAACGUGUAGUUUUGAUCUACACUGAUUGCUCUUUUGUUCUCGGUUUAAGCCGCAUAAAGACAGCAUUUAUUCCAAAGCAGAAAUGUGACAAGCAUGUGUGUUUGUGCAUCUGUUGUUUCCCUUUUCUGUCAUUCAUGUGAACUUCUACCCUGGAGGAAGCCCCCACCCAGCCAUUGAGUGACAGCAAAGAUCAAGACAUGAUAGCUGAA